AGCUUUCCACCUUUGUCAUGGCACAACGAUGAAGCGGAGGAAGGGGGCACACCAUCAAAGAGGAGAAGUCUCGGUCAAACAGAUUGGACUUCUCACUCUUGCAAAAGCUUUAAUUAAAAAAAAUCGAAUGGUGACCAUAGCAGUAACUGUCAAUGGUGGGUUCUGGGUUUGUGAAUCGAAUGAACUGAUUGGGUUGAGUUUGCCUGACCUUCUUCUUCUCCCAUUCACUUGCCCACAUCAGAGUCCGCUAGAGGAAAAGAUUUCAGCUUUCUCUUCUAUCAGAAAAUCCCAUUUCGUUUUAUUGAAGUCUUUUUCCCCAGAAGUUGCGGAAUUGAGAAGAGAGUUGAGGAUAGCAUGCACAUGUUGUUAUUCAAAUGAAGAAGGACAAAAAGAAACAAAAGAUUGCUGACGCGUUCAUUACAAGUAAUAAGCAAGGUAUAUGGGACUGAAUAACGGAAGUAGCUAUACAUUAUGAUGAUUCCAGUAGCUAUACAUUCAAAGGUGUUGUGGUA